UUGAAUAGUUUUUUCAUAUCUAAUCCGGUAAUCGGGAAAAAGAAAUAAAUUCUUUGGAGAAAAAAAAAAUUUCAAAGAUAUAGAAAAGCCGCUAUUAGUAAAAAUUUCAUUAUUUCGUGAUAAAAUAUUUCGCGUAUUUGGAAGUGAAAAUAUUUCCUUUUCGAUUUGAAUUGUGUGAAAUUUUUUUAUUUUAUCAUAAAUAAAAAUAAAUAUAUUUUCGCAUAUAAACGUAAUUUAAUUUAAAGGAUAAUCAUUUAUUCAAACAUUAAAAAUUAUUGUAAAACAAUUUGUUUUUUUUAAUUAAAUUCAUUAAAAGUGUAAAAUUUUAAUUACAUUGAAAAACAAUAUUAGAUACUAUAUAUAUAAGAAUUAUAUAAUUAUAUAAAAAUAAUAAUUACCUAAUUUAAAGGUUAAUUAAAAAUUAAUUAAUUGAUUGUUCAGUCAAAAAUUAUAUAGCUUGCAGCAAUUUUUAAUAAUUUAAAUAAAAUGUCAUCACAAUUAUCAAAUAAAAUAUUUUCAUUCACUGGAUUUUGUUAUUUAUCGAUACUAACAUUUACCAUAAUGUUAUUGGUACAACAGCCAUUACCGUUAGCAAGUGCAACAAGAGGUGAUGAAAAAAAUCUUACUAGAUUACUAAACAAUCAAGUACUUGUUAGCAAACAAAUCAUGUGUGUUCUAGAGAAGAGCCCUUGUGAUCAACUAGGAAGACAAUUGAAAGCUGCAUUGCCUGAAGUAAUAUUACGUAAUUGCCGAAACUGUUCACCACAACAAGCUCAGAAUGCGCAAAAAUUAACAAAUUUCCUACAAACACGUUAUCCAGAUGUAUGGGCGAUGUUAAUUCGAAAAUAUCGUGGUGUCUAAAUAAUACAAAAGAGAAAAGAAUAAUAAAAUAUUAAUUUAAGUACCAAAUAAUGUUAUGCAAAAAUCAUAUACUCAUAAAUAUAUAAAAAUGUACAUGUAUAAUAUUAAUGAGAACUAAUAUAAUAAUUUAUUAGUUUCUUUUCAUUUUAUAUAAUAUGUAUGUAUAUAUAUAAAGAGGGAAAAUCGGAUAAAAUUUGCAAAUUGAAUUGUCAUUCUAACAUCAUAUCAAACAAGAAUUACACUCGUAUACAUGUACU